AUGAGCAUGAGCUUGUCGCUAUUGGAAGAGGAGGAAGAGCAGUGCGAGUGUGAUUCUAUCGGGAGUGGUUUACCAGGAACAUCGGGUUAUCGGUUGAAGUUCACGAGCGCACAUGGCGCGGAGGUGUCCCCAUGGCACCAGCUGCCACUCCCGGCUUCCGUCCCCGUUCCUCCACCUCCCUCUCCUUCCGCCGGCGAUCCCGACGCGCCAUCCCUUGCGCAACGGCCUGGCCGCGUUUCGCCACCCUCGACAUCCCUCUCCCUGCCGGGCAGGGAGCACGCGAAUUUCGCGGAGCUCCUUGCGCCGUCGCCGCGUCGAUCCGCGUGCCCCGCGCCGCUUCGAUUCGUCUGCCAGACGCCUCGCGGCUCCGUCGUCGCCUUCGACGUCGCCGUAGACGAGCCCGCCACGCCUCUCCGCUUGCGGCGCGCCCCUACCGCCGCUACCGCCGCUACCAGAAGCGCUGGUACCUCCCGUUCCGCCGCCAGCCGAUCUCCCAGUUCCUCCCCUCCGCGCCUUGCGCGCCCUCUAGCCCUCGCCGCGCCCUGCAGUUGCGGGUUCCUCCCCCAGACCUGCGCGCUGGAGCUUCCGAGCGCACUGCUGUCCGCGGAGGGGGGAGGGUUGGCGGAGAAGGUGGAUGGCGCGGAGGCAGGGGGGAUGCCGAUGAUGGCGGUGGAAAUAGGGUUGAGCGAGACGUGGACGGGGGAUGUGCGACGCGUCAUUCCCCUCGCCGCCAUGACGGUAUGCGUUCCGGGAUCUCGGGGCAACGGCAACGCCACUGAGGUGGCCAACGAGAUCGCCGCCGCUUCUGAGGGCGCGUUGUCCGGGGAAUCGGAGGCGGAUAAGAACCGCGGCAUGGUCGCGAGCCGCGAUAGUACUGACGGGACCUACGGCCGCAUGAUGUGGGUGGUUGUGACAAUAGCGACGGAUGAUCCUGAAGCGGGGGAUGUGUGGCGUUUCAUGCGGAAAGCGAGCGAUGCGACGAUUGAGGGAAUUGUGUCGGGUGUGCGGCGGUGGUUGGAAGACGUGUACCUGCAGACGCACAUGCCGUCGCAAGGUGCUGACUCAGCCUCCUUCCAGCCAUCAACCGGGUACAUACUGCCAGCGAAGCUCACCUCUCGACUGCUCAUCCAAGCGCACGAAGCGUGGAAGAAAGCGCUGCCGUCCCUCCUCCCGUACCAACCAGAGCCACUACAGCAGCAGCGCCAGCAGCAGUUGCCACCACUGGAGCUGCAGCGUUCCGCAUGCAUCCCUAGCUCCAAGCAACAGCACCAGUCCAAGCCCAUACCCGCAGUACCAGUGGCGGGUGGCCCACCGAAACAGCAGCAGGCAUAUUUUCCUCGUCCACCCAGAAGUUCUCCCUCCGCUGCUUCUCCCAAGCCUCCCAGGCAUCGUGGUCAUGUGUCACCACCAGGCAAAGGGUCUCCCAAGCAGAACACGCCUGCCAGAAGGCAAGAGAGCCUUCCGAGUCUGUUCUUGUUCGAACCGGAUAAUGUUGUUCCGGCGGAUUGUCCUUUUGGAUUGUGCUUGUCAGAAGAUACAUUGGUGCCUUCUGGUGGGAGCCAUGGUGGUGGCGAAGAGGGCGCGGUUGAUCUGUUUCAGUCAGCGCUGCGAACUGUGCGGUUUGAUGAGGUGGUGGAGGUGCAUGUGUUUGACAGCCCGGGGGAGGGUGAGCUAGAUGGUGCUAGCUGCCCUGGUCUGCAGCAAGCGCAAGCAAGUCCCCCAUCUGCCCUGCAAAGCCCGUUCGUGGCGGGUCGCCCGCACCCAUCGUUCCUAGCCCAGCGCGCCUUCUCCUCCGCAACCGAUGUCAGAUUCCUUCCCCUCUCCCCGCCCCGACCGCCAGACCUCACAGUGGGUUUUCGCAUGCGCAUGUUCCCUGCUAUCCCCUCAGGGCUGAAACACCCUCCCUUCAACCUCCCCCUCCCCUUGUCCCCCUUCACCCCUCACUCUCCCCCUCCCCCUUUUCCUCCCCUCGCCUUCCUCCUUCCCUGCGCGGAUGUUGAAGCAGCGGACGCGCGGACGGCGAUGGAGAUAGGGGCGCCCUUCGACGUGAAGCACGUGGUCCACGUCACCUUCGACCGCUACAAGGGCUUCAUCGGCCUACCAGAUGAACUUCUCGCCCAUGUCGACGCCGUUCCGCCUAGCGCCAGUUUGUCGGUGUUCGGCGUGCGGCCUGUGGCGAUGCACUACUCAGUGGACGCGCACGGCACGAGCGUGCCGUCCAUUCUGCUGCUGCUGCAGUCGCGACUCUACCAGCUCCACGGCCUCUCUGUGGAGGGCAUAUUCCGCAUUGCGGCGCAGAUGGAGGACGAGGACGGCGUGCGGUCGCAACUAAGCUCGGGCGUGCUGCCGCCUAACCUCGACGUGCACAGCCUCGCAGGGCUCAUCAAGGCGUGGUUCCGCGAGCUACCAGAGGGGCUAUUAGACCUGUUCACGCCGAACCAGGUGGCGGGGGCGACGGAUGAGGCGGCGGCGUCUGCGCUGGUGGCAACGCUACCGGCCAUCCACCGCGAGUUGUUAGACUGGGUGAUCAAUCUCAUGGCGGACGUGGUGGAGCACGAGGCGCAGAACAAGAUGAACGCAAGGAAUAUCGCGCUCGUCUUUGCGCCCAACAUGACCCAGGUGAUUGACCCCAUGAUAGGGCUACAGCAUGCUGUGCGGGUAAUGGAGUUCCUGAGAGCGCUUGUGGAGAAGCGGAGGAGCGAGCGGGCAGCCAUGGGCGGGUCGUUGCCGGAGCUCACACAAGCAGGCGUGGACUCAACAGGGGCCGAGGGGACAGGGGGACAGGGCGGGUGA